ACAACUGGACUGACCUUUGCUAACGGAUUUAGUGACCGCAAAAUAAAACACAAUAAAGACUGCGUUGUUUGGAUGACAUCGUUUUGAUCUCAUAUUCACACAAGCAAAUCGACGGACUGCACAACGUUAUUUCCUUUGUCACAGAACAUCUGAAGCUCUGACAGUUUCAAUUUCUUUACAAGCAGCCUCAAUCUCAAGACAUCUUUUACAGUCUGAUCACAUUUGAAAGCCUUUGAGUUCUUCUUUUCCUCACUUUCAGAGGAUACUUUACCUCAACUGUCCUUCAAAAUAUUUUUUCAACAUGGUCGUGGGUAAGAUGAAGUUAACUUCCCAGAAAAGGGUUAAGCUGGUCCAAGGUUUGGGGUUGCUGUCAUGGCUGGCAACACUGGGUGGAGCAAUUACCUUCACUUUAGGAUGCUUCCUAAAGACUGAGCUUCGAAGAAGAGGCGAGGUAAUGGACAACACAGAUAUCCACUGUGUACCCAACACCUUAAUGAUUGUGGGCCUGGCAUCGAUGGGCAUUAAUUACUUUGCUGGUCGGAUUUGCCAGGAUGCCCUAGAUGCUGGUCGUUUUCCACGAUGGAAGACCUUCCUAAAGCCCUUUUAUGGAUGCUCAAUAUUCUUCACCACCCUUAUGUUGAUAGCAGUUAUCCUGAGUUACAUCAUGAAGGGCAGCCUUGAGUCCUCUCUGAAGAUCGGGUUAAAGAAUGGCAUCCGCUUCUACAAGGACACUGACACCCCAGGUCGCUGCUUCCAAAAGCAGACCAUUGAACGCCUUCAAAUGGAGUUCCAGUGCUGUGGUAACAAUGACUACAAGGAUUGGUUUGAGGUGCAGUGGAUUAGCAACCGCUACUUGGACUUCAGCUCAAAGGAAGUCAAGGACCGCAUUAAGAGCAAUGUGGAUGCCCGCUACUUGGUUGAUGGUGUGCCUUUCAGUUGCUGUAAUCCUAGAUCCCCCAGACCUUGUAUCCAAUACAAAAUCACCAACAACACUGCCCACUACAACUAUGACCAUCAGACAGAGGAACUCAACAUCUUCAUUGGUGGUUGCAGAGAAGCCCUGGUCAACUAUUACAUGGGGCUGAUGAAUACAAUUGGUGGUGUAGUACUGUCUGUCUUUCUAAUUCAGAGCUCAGUUCUGGCUAGCUUACGCCUACUGCAGACUUCUAUGGAGGCCGUAGCAGGACAGGAGAAUCUAGAGAUCGAAACUGAAGGCUACUUGCUAGAAAAGGGAGUGAAGGAGACCUUCAUGGAGUAUUUGGAUCCUGUGCUGAAACUAAUGUUGCUAAACCAGGUAACCUCUCCUGAGGCCACUGGAACAAUCAACGCCGACAGCUAAAGAGUCAGAUUUAUCUCAAAUUCAUUCAAGUGGGAGCUGAUAUGAGUCCUCUGUGCUGUCAACUAUAUGAAGUUUUAGUGUUACAUAAUAAAAACUGAAUAUUUAAAACAUUUCUAUAAUUGUUUGUUUACCCUAAAACAGGGGUGUCCAAAGUCGGUCCUUGGGGACCGGUGCCCUGCAAAGUUUAGCUUCAACCCUAAUCAAACACACCUGAACCAGCUAAUCAAGGUCUCAGUAGGCAGACUAGAAACUUCCAGACAGGUUGUUGAGCCAAGUUGGAGCUUAACUCUGCAACACAGCCUUUGGACACCCCUGCUCUAAAAUGAAUUUGUUAUUUUCAGCAUAUCAGUCUCAAUGAUAUCAAUUCAGAAGCACAUUACCUCUCACUCCACAUUGGUCAAGGCAUAUAUGUGCGAUUGCUAUACUUGGGGUGGGUAAAUUAUAUUUUGUUCAUGCAUCUAAAGCGGGGCCAAACUCAGUCCUGGAGGUCCACUGUCCUGCAGAGUUUAGCUUCAACCCUAAUCAAACACACAUGAACCAGCUAAUCAAGGUCUCACUUUAUAGUUUCCUAUAGUUUCCAGGGAGGUGAUGAAGCAAGUUGAAGCCAAGAUCUGUACGAUAGUGCCAGUGGCCCCCCAGGACUGAGUUUAGGCACCCCUGAUCAUUAAUGUCCUUAUGCUUUUAAUAAAUGAGUGAGAAGUGGUCUUAAUGACUGAAGGUCCUAUUACAUUUAUAACCAAAUUACAUCAUAUCUUAAAAGGUGUCUGAUUGUGUAAUAAAGCAUGUUUUGUAGUACUUCCACUGGAUAUUUGUAAAACAAGCAAAUUGCAUUUAAAAACCAAAACAAUGCCAUUCAAAUCUAAUAUUCCAAAUCCAACACAUAAGGUGUGACACAAUAAAGCAACAACCUAUAAUUAUCUUUCACGUGUAGUUGGCUGAUUGUAUCGCACAACAUUUUCACUUUCAUUGUCAGACAAACUACUUGAAAUGUUGCAUCUAGGACACAAUAUUCAAUAAAUUAUUGUGUAUUAAACACAUAAAAUGUUUAUUUUUUUAUCAGCAUAAAUUUAUAGUAAAUGUCAAGAUGAUGUAGACAAUGCUCAAUGCUCUGCUAAAAAAAACGAAAUUGCAAUUGUGAUAAAUCUGACCUAAAUCUAAUAAAUCUGAUGUUUCAAACA